CUUGCUUACCUAGAGGCAUCGAAGGCUUUUGUACCAUAUUAGCCGCAUAAAUUAAGUGGGUGCGGUACUUUCCAUAACUCGUCGAUUAGACAUGAAAAUUAAUUGGAAGUGCCCUGACUGGAAGACUUAUACUCUUGAUCCCCCUCCUUUGAAAGAGCACGUUGAGAAAUUGGCCAAGCUAGGCUUGACAGAUCCAUGGGCUCGCAAUUAUGCUUGGCAAUAUUUACCAAAAAUUUACAAACCUCGUUCUCAACGGUUUAGAGAAAUACUUCUUGCAAGACUACCUCAUGGUGUAGCUCUAGGAAUUGUAGCCUCGAUCCUAAUAAAUCAAUUUGACAGAUGGCGUAAAGGCGAAUUCAGUGCAGCAAAACAUUAACAAGUCGUCUUGUUGUGUUUCCCAUUCACUGGAUUUUUAAUUUUCGUUCAAAUUAGUGUUAGAACCUUAAGUGUUAUGUUCAUUGUAAAAGAAAAAAAAUAAUGACAGAAUUCGGAAUCUAAAAAUAUGUAAACGUGACUUACUUGUUCAGUGCUUUGCGUAAAUGGGGUGCAUUUGGAAAUUAAAUAAAUACAUGUCCGAGUAUCACCAGUUUGAAUUGUUUAUGAUGAAAUAAUGUGUCGCGUCCAAAUGUUAAGUGAAAUUAUAAAAUCACAAUUAUUUAAAAGGAAUCUUUAGUUAGUUGAAUCCUUUUAAUCAUGGAAUAUGGGUCGAGUUCACUUUUUCGUAAAGCGUUUUUUAUAUUUUAUCAUUAGGUUGUUUCAUCUAAUGGAGAUGAUUGAUUUCCAGUUACUUUUGCGGAGUUUUCAGUUCAGAUGCACUACUGCUGAGGUAGCAAUAGUAUAAUACUGUCUACGUUAAUGCUAUUCUGAAGACUACAUAUUCACGGAAGCGAUUUGUUUUUUAUUAGAAUUUAUCAUCAGCAGUAAACUGGAUUGAUGAAAAACUUAGACUUAAAGAAUAUGAAGGCCUAUAUUUGGCGAUAAUUGGUUCGUUUGAAUCCUGGCAUCUUUUCUAAGGUAAUUUGUACAGCUCAAUUACUAUAGAGGACACAUCUAACAUUCCUGGAUUAUUCUAUAGCCUAUACUUUCGCAUGAACACAGAAUGAGCGAAUUCGGCAGUUAUGACAAUCACCAGUUUUGGUUGAUGGAUGUAACAAAUAUUGAAAUGCCACGUGGUUUUAAGCUAUGCGAGAUUUUUUAAUGAAGACAAAGAUGACAAUUGUUUACCUCACUAGGUAUUGAUCCUCAAUGGCAAAUGUUUUCGUCUUAAAUCUACUUAACUUCAUUGUAGAAGUGAGCAUUACAUUAUUUGGAGCUAUCGGUAUUUGGUUCCUAAAAUUAUGUUAAAUAUAAUUGAUAUGCAUUCCUAUAAAACUCGACACUACACCUGUUGCGAAGCAGGAUUUUAUCUGUUUUGUGUUUUAAUUAAAUUCCAUAUAGGGAAAUACUUGAAUUUCUGUUUUAACUACUGUUAAGAUGUUAGUAGUGUGAACAAAUU